CAGGGACGUCAAGUUGAUUAAAUUUCGGAUUUGUUUUGUCGUGGUUUUGUGGUUUUAAUUAAUCUAAUAGUUCGUGUGAUUUUUAAGACACUAGGCUAGGAUAUGAUUAUUGUGAUAAUGAUACAUUGCUAACAAAUUAGCUAGAUCAUCGUUGUAUUAAAUACAAGCAACCAUGGAUAAAUCUAGCAAAAGACACCAUUCAUCGUCAGAUUCGGAUAGCGCUGAAGAAUUUCGACGCAAGGAUUUAAAAGAAAGAGACGAGUUUGCUAAAAGGUUGAAAAGUCGAGAUGAUAAUAAAACAAAGAAAGUCGCAAACGCGUCUGGUAAAAAAUCUUAUGAAGAAGCUGCUAAACGAUUAAAAUUGGAGGCUGAAGACAGAGAAAAGCUUUUACCCAAACUGCGAGUGCAAUCUCGUCGAAAAUAUCUAGUGAAACGUAAAGAAGAUAAGGUAGUUGAGCUGGAAGCUGAUAUUGCAGAUGAUGAGUACCUAUUUGAAGAAAGCAUACUAACAGAAAGAGAAAAAAGAGAAAGAGAGCAUAAGAAAACUAUUCUUCAGUUAGCUAAAGAACAUGAAAAAGCAAGAGAACUUGAAAAUGUCCAGAGAUAUCACAUGCCCCAAGACUUGGGAAAAGGAGAGAAAGGUGAAUAUGUUGAAGUAGAUGAAAAUGAAAAAUUACCACAUUCUGAACAAAGAAAAUGGGAGCAAGAACAAAUCAAGUCAGCAUUUUUUAAAUUUGGUGCUAAAGAUGCUAAAGCUCGUGAUGAAUAUGAACUCUUACUUGAUGAACAGAUUGACUUUAUACAAGCUCUUCAACUGGAAGGCACUAAAGAAAAAAAGGAAGAAAAAGAAAAAUCUGAGUACCAAAAAAUGCGUAUGAGCAUUGAAGAAACCAAAAAGUCACUACCUGUCUAUCCUUUCAAGGAAUCCCUCAUAGAAGCUAUUAAAAAAUACCAAAUAUUAAUAGUAGAGGGUGAGACUGGUUCAGGUAAAACAACACAAAUUCCUCAAUAUCUUUAUGAAGCUGGUUUUACAGAUGAUAGUAAGAAAAUUGGAUGCACACAACCACGACGAGUAGCUGCAAUGUCUGUAGCAGCUAGAGUUGCCCAGGAAAUGAAUGUGAAACUUGGAAAUGAAGUUGGAUAUAGUAUUCGAUUUGAAGACUGUACUUCCGACAGAACUGUUAUAAAGUAUAUGACAGAUGGAACACUACACAGAGAAUUUUUAUCUGAACCUGAUUUAGCUUCUUAUAGUGUCAUGAUUAUUGACGAAGCUCAUGAACGCACUUUACAUACUGAUAUUCUCUUUGGCCUAGUGAAAGAUAUUACUAGAUUCAGACCAGAUUUGAAACUACUUAUAUCAAGUGCAACAUUAGAUGCUGAAAAAUUCUCUAGUUUUUUUGAUGAUGCUCCAAUAUUCAGAAUCCCAGGAAGAAGGUUCCCAGUUGACAUCUAUUAUACUAAAGCACCAGAAGCUGACUAUGUAGAUGCCUGUGUUGUCUCUGUCCUACAGAUACAUGCGACUCAACCACUAGGAGACAUAUUAGUUUUUUUAACCGGUCAAGAAGAAAUUGAAACAUGUGUUGAAAUGUUACAAGAAAGAACCAAAAGAAUAGGAAAAAAACUGAGAGAACUUGUUAUUUUACCGGUUUAUGCUAAUUUGCCAAGUGAUAUGCAAGCAAAAAUAUUUGAACCAACUCCUGAAGGUGCCCGAAAAGUAGUAUUGGCUACAAAUAUCGCUGAAACAUCACUCACCAUUGACAAUAUAAUAUAUGUAAUUGAUCCAGGGUUUGCAAAACAGAAUAAUUUCAAUUCCAAAACAGGCAUGGAAAGUUUAAUGGUUGUUCCAAUUUCUAAAGCGUCAGCUAAUCAAAGAGCGGGUAGGGCUGGGCGUGUAGCUCCCGGCAAAUGCUUCAGACUGUAUACAGCUUGGGCUUACAAAUACGAACUUGAAGAUAAUACAGUUCCAGAGAUACAAAGAAUAAAUCUGGGAAAUGCUGUUCUUACGUUAAAGGCAUUGGGAAUUAAUGAUCUUAUUCAUUUUGACUUUCUUGACCCACCACCACAUGAAACACUGGUGCUAGCAUUGGAACAAUUAUAUGCCCUUGGAGCAUUGAAUCACCAUGGAGAAUUAACUAAAGCAGGACGACGAAUGGCUGAAUUUCCCACAGAUCCAAUGUUAGCUAAAAUGAUACUAGCAAGUGAAAAAUACAAAUGUUCUGAAGAAAUUGUAACUAUUGCUGCAAUGUUAUCAGUAAACAGCUCUGUUUUUUAUAGACCCAAAGAUAAAAUAAUACAUGCUGACACAGCUCGAAAAAACUUUUUCCAUCAACAUGGUGAUCAUUUAACUUUAAUGAAUGUGUACAACCAGUGGGUGGAAUCUGAUUAUUCAGUCCAAUGGUGUUAUGAAAACUUCAUACAGUAUCGUUCAAUGAAGAGAGCACGCGACGUACGUGAGCAGUUGGCGGGCCUCAUGGAGAGAGUGGAAAUUGAUAUGGUGUCCAGUAUAGCUGAAGACACCAACAUACGAAAAGCUAUUACUGCAGGCUAUUUUUACCACAUAGCAAAGUUUUCGAAGGGUGGCCAUUAUAAGACUGUCAAACAUAACCAAACUGUCAUGAUUCAUCCUAACAGUGCCUUAUUUGAAGAGUUACCUCGGUGGGUAAUCUACCAUGAGUUAGUAUUUACUUCGAAGGAAUUUAUGCGUCAAGUCACAGAAAUUGAAAGUAAAUGGUUAUUAGAAGUUGCUCCACACUAUUAUAAAUCUAAAGAAUUAGAAGACUCCACUAAUAAGAAAAUGCCUAAAACUGUUGGUAAAGUAGCAACAAAUAAAUAACUUUUAACUAGAA